AUUUUUCCAGGUGCUGACUCAUCUGUUUCCCUUUGCCUACCAUUAUUAUUUAAUUUUCUCCCCCCUUUUCUCUUAAUUAUUUUCCUCUGCCCCAAAAUCCUUAAUAAAAAAUUUCACAAAACCCAUUUUUUUUUCGAAGUCCAAAUUCACAUAAUUCCUGGAUUUCCCAUUUUCAAUCGCCCUUUCUUAGCAAACAUUUUCUUGAGAUUUUAUAAGUUGUUAGGAGUCGAAAUUUUGAGGAAAAAUUUGAGAGAUUUCUUAUUUUAUGUUUGCGUUUAGAGGCAGACUAAAAGUGGGUAGCUUUAAAGAUUGUUUUUUUUUUCCUUAGUUUUUAAAGCGAAGUUUGCUUUUGGAGUUCUUUUUCUUCAACUGCGGGGUUGAUUUUCCGUAUAAAUAUAGUAAUUUCUGAUAGUUUUGGAGUCAUCUGCACAACUGUGAAUGAGAUUCCAAAGCUAGACAAAUAUUCAUAGAGAUUGAGUAAUUGGGAAAGUGAGAAUGGUGAGCGGGAAUUUGUUUCAUAAUAGAAAAAAUUCAUGGCCUCCGGAAGAGUAUAUCAAUCGGACGACUUUACAGUUGUUGCUGAUAUUAUUCACCCAUUUUAUUCCUGUCAACAGUUAGAUUUCGACAGUGCAGCCCCGCCUGAGCAAGCAUUGAGACGGAAACUAAAUAGCCAUGCUAGCAUUCUUAAAGAAUUCAGUAUUACAUUCACAGAAGCCAUAAAAAUGAUUUCACUCGGAAUACGCCUCUGGCAUUACGUGCGUGAAGAGGCAUCCUAUGGAAGGAAAGCACCUAUAAAUCCAUUUACUCGGGAAAGUUGCAAACCUUCGGCAUCGCAAGGGGUCCCACUAGGUGGGAUGGGGAGUGGUAGCAUAUCUAGAGGUUUCAGAGGGGAGUUUAGGCAUUUUCAAAUACUUCCUGGUACAUGCGAGACGUCUCCAAUGAUGGCCAACCAAUUCUCAAUUUUCAUAUCCCGAGAAGGAGGAAGCAAAAAAUAUGCAUCCGUUCUAGCUCCAGGCCAGCAUGAAGGUGUAGGGAAGUCCAGUGAUCAUGGUAUAUCAUCAUGGGGAUGGAAUUUGACUGGUCAACAUUCCACGUAUCAUGCUCUAUUUCCACGGGCAUGGACAAUAUAUGAUGGUGAACCAGACCCAGAAUUGAAGAUCUCUUGUCGACAGAUAUCUCCAUUUAUACCACAUAAUUACCGAGAGAGCAGUCUUCCUACUGCUGUAUUUGUUUACACUUUGGUGAAUACUGGAAAAGAUAGGGCAAAGGUCAGCCUGCUUUUUACUUGGGCGAAUUCUAUUGGAGGUGUCUCACAUUUAUCAGGAGAACACGUAAACGAACCGUUUAUGACUGCAAAAGACAACCCUCCUGUGACUUAUGCAAUUGCUGCAUGUGAAACUCAGAAUGUGAACGUAACGGUUUUGCCUUGCUUUGGCCUGAAUGAAGGAAGCUGUGUAACUGCAAAAGAUAUGUGGGGUAAAAUGGUGCAGGAUGGGCAUUUUGACCGGGAGAACUUCAACAAGGGACCUAGCAUGCCUUCAUCACCUGGUGACACACAUUGUGCAGCAGUUUCUGCUUCGGCAUGGGUUGAACCUCAUGGAAAGUGCACUGUUGCAUUUGCUGUCUCUUGGUCAUCCCCUAAAGUUAAAUUUUGCAAGGGGAAGUCAUAUCACAGGAGGUACACUAAAUACUAUGGAACUUCUGAGAUGGCGGCAAAGGAAUUGGUGCAUGAUUCACUUACCAAUUAUAAGUUUUGGGAGGAAGAGAUUGAAAAAUGGCAGAACCCUAUUCUUAAAGAUGAUCUACUGCCCGAAUGGUACAAAUUUACCCUGUUCAAUGAGCUCUACUUUCUAGUGGCAGGGGGAACAGUUUGGAUAGAAUCCGCAGCACCAGCCGAAGACUCGAAUGGUAUCACGUCAAUAAUUACAGACAACAAAAUAUCUGAAAAAAAUGAAGCAGGAAUAGUCCACAGAUCAUCUAUGACCGUAAAAGAUGACACAAUCAAUGGCGCAUAUUAUUCUUGUGGAAGCUUUUCGGACAAAGAAGAUCAUGCGAGUACUCAGAACGACGACAAUGAUGUAGGCAGGUUCUUGUACUUAGAGGGCGUGGAAUACAUCAUGUGGUGCACAUAUGACGUACAUUUUUACGCAUCAUUUGCACUUCUUCAACUGUUCCCGAAAAUCGAGCUCAGCAUCCAGCGUGAAUUUGCAAAGGCCGUAUUGUCAGAGGACACCCGAAAAGUAAAAUUUCUAGCCGAAGGCAACUGUGGAAUCCGCAAGGUGAAGGGAGCCGUACCUCAUGACCUCGGAACUCAUGAUCCGUGGCACGAGAUGAAUGCAUACAACAUACACGAUACCAGCCGCUGGAAGGAUCUCAACCCAAAAUUCGUCCUGCAGGUUUAUCGAGAUUUUGCGGCUACCGGCGAUUAUUCGUUCGGGGCGGAGGUUUGGCCGUCAGUCCGCGCGGCCAUAGAGUACAUGGAGCAGUUUGACCGUGACAAUGACGGAAUGAUCGAAAACGACGGGUUUCCCGACCAAACUUACGACACGUGGACUGUCCACGGCACAAGUGCAUACUGUGGAACCCUUUGGCUAGCAGCCCUCCAGGCAGCUGCCACGAUGGGCUUCCAGCUGGGUGACGAGGCGUUUGCGGACAAAUGCAGGGGCAAAUUCGUAAAAGCAAAGGCGGUUUUGGAGGAGAAGCUUUGGAAUGGGUCGUAUUUCAACUAUGACAGCGGGUCGAGCGGCAACAGCAAGUCGAUCCAGGCGGACCAGCUGGCGGGGCAGUGGUACGUGGCGGCCUCGGGUCUGCCUGAUCUUUUUUCCGAGCACAAGAUAAGGAGUGCUUUGAACAAGGUUUAUGAAUUUAAUGUGAUGAAGGUGAGAGGGGGAAGGAUGGGGGCCGUGAACGGGAUGCACCCGAACGGGAAGGUGGACGAGACGUGCAUGCAGUCGAGGGAGAUAUGGACAGGUGUCACUUACGGGGCAGCCGCAGCUAUGAUUCAUGCCGGGAUGAGAGAACAGGGUUUUGCGACGGCGCAAGGGAUAUUUAUUGCGGGAUGGUCUGAGGAAGGAUUUGGAUAUGCGUUUCAAACUCCCGAAGGAUGGACAAUGGACGGACAUUUUCGGUCGCUUAUAUAUAUGCGGCCACUUGCUAUAUGGGGUAUGCAGUGGGCUUUAUCAUCCCCUGAAAAAACACUUGUUCAGCCUCCCAAUAUUAACGUGAUGGACAGGACAGCUGUAUCAUAUUCAUCUCCCAACACUCCGAAUCACGUUAACAAGAAGAUAGCAAACAAGACAAAAAGGUGCUUUGGCAACCCAGUUUUCCACUGUUCCUGCUAAUGCUAAUCCCACUGUAUGUAUUCAUUCAUUGAAUAAGUUUGUCACGGGAUAUUUUAGAGAUCCGAGGUGUAGAGUAUGAUUAAGAUUAGUAUAGAGAGAAAAUCUCUUCGAUCAAGUAACGACUUCUAUGACCCAGACUCGGGACAAGAGAAAGACAAUAGGUUCCAUGUUUGCAUUAUCCGUGUACGUACGUUGACAUCUCUGUAUUUAUUUGAAGAAAGUUUUAAGUAGUAAUAACAAUUUUUCUCUCCCAAAGCAUUUUGGCUAUAUUUAGAAAUUUUCUUCUAUGUAUUUAUUUAUUUUUAAUUUUCCAUUUCAUUUAUUUUCUGCUAUUUGUAAUACUGCAAUUGGUCAUGGACUCACGGUUAGUGCAAUAUUUAGCGG